AUGCUCAAACAACUCUCAAACAAAAAGUAAAUCAAGAAGUUGAAGAAAACCAUCCAGAAAUCUCUUAAUAAUGAAGUCCCGAUCCCAGAGUUAGAAGUUCAAGAAAAAUUGAAUAAAGAAAUCGUAACUUUCAUACUUGACGGAGCAGUCUUACAAUUGGGAUAAUUGAAAUCAUCAAAAGUGUUGCUGAAUUUCGAAGAUCACUCUCAUUUUAUAUCGAAGCGAUUAGGAAGAAAUCCAGAAGAUUUCAGGCCAGACAUAGUACAUCAAAGUUUGUUAACACUACUUGAUAGUCCUCUUAAUAAAGCAGGAUUAAUUAAAGUAUUGAUAAGGACAGAAGACAAUAGAUUAAUUGAAAUCAAUCCAGUCACUAAAAUACCCAGAACCUUUAAAAGGUUUAGUGGAAUGAUCGCCAAAUUAUUGGAGACAGCCAAAAUUUAAUCAGAGGACCAAGUUUUACUCCAAAUUCACAAUGACACAGUUCAAGAGUAUUUCUCCAAUGAAGCUUACAUUGUAGCCACAUCACACAAAGCGAAAUUGGUUGACCUAAAAGAAUAUAUUUAAAAAAAGCAUAAUUUGGUUUUUGUGAUAGGAGCUGUAGCCAAAGGCAAUCCUGGCUUAGAAUGUAAGUUUAGUAAUGAUUGUAUUUCAAUUUCGAGAUAUUAAUUAAGUACAUCUAAUUGUCUAUCCAAAAUUAUUGACACAUUUGAGUAAUAUUAUUAAGUAAUUUGAUAUUAAAGAUAAGAAUAUUAAUUUUAA